AUGAGAUUUUUUGAAACUUUAUUAUUCGCCAUCACCUGGUUGGCUUUGCAAGUUGCUGCUGCCCCAGUCAACAAGAGGUUUUUUGCCCCAUCAUCACCAACUUUCUCAUUGAUUGCAGUACACAACGGUACCACAUUCAACUCAAACUUGGUCAAAUUUAACGGUUCUGCUAUCAAGUUGGGUUCAGAUGACAAGGCCUUCUUUGGUACUAUCCAAGCUGACAAAGGUUACAUCUUGAACUUGCCAUUUACCAACGGCUCAAACCAAUCUUCCACCGUAAAUGUCGCUGUCUCCAACAAGACUCACUUGAUUUCAACUACAACCAAGAACGAUUCAGCUAGUGAGCACUUUGGAAUUGUUAACGGAUGGUUGUCUUACUUGAACACUACUCAAUUUUUGGCUUGUCCAGAAUCUGCAACUAAUGCAACUUCCAAGUCGAACUCCACUUCCAACUCAACUAUCGAAUACGACCUUUUCCACAACCCGUUGAACAAGACCCAGUGUGAAACUGGUAAAGGUUACGAUGUCAAAUUAUUGGUUCAAUUGAGCGUUCCAAUCUCAUUCUCACCAGAAUCCAACUCCUUCGGAUUCUUCAAGAGAGACAACAUUAUCAAGAGAUUCAUUAACGAGCUUUUCAAAUAA